AUGGCACAGCUCUAUCUCAACGUCACAGCCCUCGGAGCCGCCGACGGCGCCUCGACAAUCGAGUGCUGGCAGGUCAAGUCCCCCUUCGUAAUAGCGACCGAUGCGGGCACGGCGGGCUCGGCAAUCGCUCAGUUGGGCAAUGUCGCCAACCUGUCCUACCUCGCCAUCCCGCCCAACUUCGACGGAGGCUUGCACAGAGCACCAGCCAAGCAAUGGGUCUACUUCACCUCCGGCCUGGCCUACAUCACCGUGCCCAGCAAUGACAGCGUCGGGGCGUACGUGACGGGCGGCGAGUUCGGCCUGAUCUUCGCUGCGGAUACGGCGGACGUGAGCACGGAGGGCCAUCGCACUCAGUAUCCCAGUAGCACGCAGACCAUCGGGCUUCAGCUUCCGACUUUGAAUGGGGAGGUCCCGGCACAUGAUGUCUUGCACUCUGGGCCUUGCAUCACGGGUGAAGUCAGUGGACUGCGGGCCUUGGUGUAG